CAAAUUGGUCUGGAGCAUUGCUGGCCUUCCUAGCGUGUAAACACCAUCUCACCACGUUCCUCUUUCUGUCCAUCAGCGGAAGCAACGGUGGCGCACCGCAUCAAAGGCAUUAGUCUAUUCCGGUCAUACAGGGCUUCUGAAUCAGCCAGUGUGCUUGACUUGGACCCUGAACAUCAUACCUCGCCUUUACCCCAUCAACACAAGGCCCGUGGACACCCACAACCUCUUUCUUCUCACCCUGUCCUCGAUCCUGCAUGGACAACGCCGGCUCCGAGUUCCUCGGAACAUGCGCUGUGCCAGCCGCGGCAUAUGGGGGCGUCGGCAGCACCAGCGGAGACCUCUCCCCACGUGCCACCUCCCCCGACUCGCCCCGCUCCGGAGCCUCCUCUCCCCGCCACUCCGUCGACACGUUCUACCGCCUCGACCGGGUCAAGGUGCGUCUGCGCCGCACUGGCAGUGGCGGAACGCAGGACACCAAGCCAAAAGGCGAAUUUCCCCCGCCGUAUUGCGCGGUGGGGGAGAGAUGCGCUCAGGAAGUGGAAUCUGGAGCGCAAGAACAAGAAAGAAUCAAAAUAGAGUUGGCAGCCGCAGCCGCAGUCGCCAGUGCUAUUCCUUCUCUCUCCGCGUCACCCCAACUAGAAACGCCAUCGCCAGCAGGAACUACAAUCCACUACCCCAGUUCCCCCGGCUCUCCCGCCGUAGCCACCACCGCGGCAGCCCUUGCCACGCUUCGCUUCCGCGAAGCACUCCUCGCUCAAGAUCAGGCCAACCUACGCGCCGACCGCGCUCUAUUGGCCUCCGAGCGCGCCGAUUUGCUGCGCCUGCGUGGCGAGUUGCGCGAGCUGCUGCGUCUGCUGCGUGAGGAACAGGAACAGAAGCGGGCAAGCUCGCCGUGGGGCAGCGAAAGGGCCACGAGUACCGGGUCCGGAUCUCGUAUUUGGUCGGACACGUCUUCGACCGCAUGCUCUGAGUCCGAGGAUUCACGGCCCUCGACGGCGUCGUCGACGGCUUCGGUGGCAUCGUCUCGUGCGGCUUCGCGCGCCUCGGCGCGAAAGACAGCAAGGUCGGCAGCGUCUACGCGCUCGUCCUCGCCCGCUCUCACGGCGCAGGAAGCAUACGCACGCUACACCACCGCGUGGGCGCGCCUGCUUGCGCGCUCUUCAUCCCCCUACUCCCCAACGGCUGCGAUUCCAUUCCCUACACUGACGCGUUGCGCCAGCGACCUGUUGGACCACAGCCAGUACCCGAGCAGCUGGUCCGCAGAUGUGGUGGCGCGGGCCAACGCGUGCGAUUUCAUCCUCGCGGGCAAUGGCAUCGACGUCAAGGCCGGUGCGACCGCACUGCCAACGCACCGCCUGCGUGCGCUUGUGAGCGCGCUGCGCGGCGAGCUGGGCCGAUGGCACCCAGACCGGCUGGUGCGGCUGGGGGUGUGGGAUAUUGCCGCGCCACUCGAGCAGGAGUGCGCGAAAGCGGUGUUUGUUGGGUUGAGCGAACUGAGGGAUGAGGUUGUGGGGAUCGUGAGGGAGAGGGAAAGAGCCGAGAAGGAAGAGGAGGAAAGAAGAAUCGAGAGGGAACGACGCGAGCGUGAGAGGGAGGAGAGGGCGCGGAUCGAUGAAGAGGAGGAGCAGAGGGGCAGGCCGAGGUGGAGGCGCUGGGAGUGGGAGGUCUGCUCCGAGGUGAUGUUGUAGAGCGGGUGAGAUGUUGGCGGAUUUUUUCAUGAUUGAUGAUGAGCUAUGAGUU